UCCGUCUCGUUGAGUAGUCGCAUACUCCCCGAGAUGGCUGCCAUCAUAUCCAAACUCAAGAGCUCACCGAGCACUUUGCCGCUGCCUCUUGAAAACAACCCUAUUCUUCAGUACUUCGAUAUCGGGAGGGAAACAAGCUGCGCUGGACCCAGUCUCGUGUGGCGUGUGCAUGACGCUAUUCGCAAAAGUGAUUUAAAGGAAUGCUCGGUGUUCUUCUUCGAUAAGCGGAUAGCAGAUAAACUUUACAAGCCAAAAAGGAAGGAGAGUAUGCUUGACCGUAUUAAGGCAAGCGUGAACAUGCUAGACAGAUUGCGCCAUCCGAGGAUGCUACAAAUAAUUCAUUCACUUGAAGAAGGUCAGCAUACUCUGGCGUUUGCAUCCGAAUCUGUUUAUGCGAGCCUCCAUAACAUCCUUGCUUGGCAAUCAUCCCCGAUACCGCCAGGUGGUCAGAUGCCCGUAAUGCCGCAUCCCAUAUCAUUGGGACCGCCGACAGCGCAAAUGAUGCCACCUCAACCGCCAUCGCAGCGUCCUCCAUUUGCACGAGAAUAUCAUUUUCUCGACAUUGAACUUCGUUUUGGCAUGCUUCAGAUCAUCGAAGCGCUACAUUUCAUGCACUACAGCAUUAGGCAAAUCCACCGCAACAUUUGCCCGCAAAUAAUCAUCGUUACUAAGCGGGGGACUUGGAAGCUAUUUGGGCUCGAAUUUGUCGAAACCGUCGUUGGACUUGAUCCAACUGAUAUGAUCGCCGUGCCACCAUGGUCUAUAAAAGUAGCCAAGAUAUGCCAACCUAACCUUGAUUACUUAGCUCCAGAAGUGCAGAUAAAUGGACAUUGUACCAUACUAUCCGAUAUGUUCUCUUUGGGGCUGAUAAUAUGCGCUCUCUUCAACCAAGGCAAGUCGCUGCUUCAAGCUAACAACAACCCCAUGCUUUACAUGAGGCAGAUUGAGUUUUUGGACCAGCAAGUGAACGCCGUGCUGUCUCGUAUACCGCCGGGUCUGCAAGAGGCCGUACAGCGUCUGCUCUCUCGGGACCCGCAUCCGCGUCCCUCAACUCAAUUGCUGCCGCUCAUCAACUACUUCAAAUGCCAAAGCGAGCCAGCUAUUCAAGCGAUGCAGUUCCUGGACGUCAUCAGUAUGAAAGACGAUGCUCAAAAGAUUCACUUCUACAAAGGCCCCCUGAUUGAGGCUCUGCCGUUCAUACCGAAGAAGUUACGUUGGCAGCUUGUUUGGCCAGCUAUGGAGGGCGAGGUCAAGUCUCCAGAGAUUUUGGGCUCCGUUCUCGGUCCCAUUAUGUGGAUGACGAAUGAAUGUUCUCUGGAGGAGUUUGAGAGCUUUAUCCUACCAGUUCUGAAAAGCGUGGAUUUCAUGGACCUGAUGGAAUCAUCGAACACUGAGCCCUGUGAAACAUUGCUAGAGAACUUGCACUAUUUGAUAAGUAAGUCUUCGCAGGAGGAAACUAACAACAAAAUCAUGCCACUGCUUUACGCUGCUAUGGACAACGAAAACAGGCACAUACAGACUGCGGCUUUAAUUGCCGUACAGAAUAUAACAGGUUUUAUCACUGAUAGAGAAUUACACAACAUAAUUCUAACCAAAGUGAAGACUCUGCUCGAACUGAACCAGAAUGAUGUCAAAGUUAUAAACCUAGUACUCGGUUUCUUUGAGAUGGUUCUUCUUCGACUACAAAGAAACCAUGUAUCGGAAGUCGUUAUACCGACGCUUCUCGUCAUGAGGCUGAAUGAUGCUGAUGUCAUUACUCGUGUCGUUAAACUUUAUAAAUCCAUGAUAUUGGAAACAAGGUUCGAUGUAAACACCAACGUUAUGGCCACCAAGAUGAUACCUUCCUUGGCGCCUCAAACUGUCAACCCAACACUUGAUUUGGAACAAUUUGGCUUUUUGAUGGAGAUUAUCUAUGAUAUGCUUGAGAACAUUGACAAGCAACAACGUAGCCAGUUGAAGGAUACAAGUAUUCCUGUGCCCACACCUGAACGUCGUAUCUUCCGCCAACAAACGAGCACAGAUAUUAUUAACCCUCCACCGUUUAGCAUUCCCAACUUACGGGUGGAGAGACGGAAGACAUCCAGCGCCGAGGAAAUGGCUCGUAAAAACUUAGCCGCCGGUCCUUCGACCUCCAAGGCCACCAGUAGCGCCGCGGGUAGUACGGGCAUCGGCCAAUGGUUCUUCGGUUCGAACAACUCUACAACCAACGACGGCAACUUCCUACGUGUUGCAAGCGUCUUUCCUAAUCGGCGCUUAUCAGAUAACACUUUGAUGACACCCAAGAUUCGCAUUGCUCCAUCUUGUGCUUCAUCUCCAGGAGGAACUCCAGGCGGCACCUCUGGAUUACCAACUCGGCGCCAUUCGAGCAUUGGACCGCAAGAGCGUCGAGGAUCUGCUGUAAACUUAUCACCACCCACUGUCCGUCAGUACAGAGGACGUGGCGGCUCAGGCUCGAGCCUAUCCGUGCCGUCCACCUCACAUCACGUUGGUGGUUCGAUGCCGAAUACGUCAUCAAGCGUUCCGUUCUUGCUGACAUCAUCAAUGCAGUCGGUCAGGUCAAGGCGACCUUCCGCCUGCCUCAGCGGCUCGCAGGGCUCCGGGAUUCUUCAUCAGCUUAGCAGUGGCAUGGUAAGGCAUCUUCCGGUUGGCUCUCACGGCAAUGUACCGCAGGUGCAACAGCCAUGGGGUACGUUACAGGGCGCAACGUCCGCAGGCUACAGCGCUUUACGGCACACGGCUUUGGCAGUCAGGAAAUGCCCUUCUCUAAAUAUCACACUAACCCGUUAAACGGUUGCUGUGUUACUCACUCGUAAAAACAAAACCCCUCCUUACCUUUUAUCCUUAUUUGUUAUACGAGUGGGAUGAUUUUGGCGCUGCUCUGAAUUAAUCGAUACAUCGCUCACAGCGUUCCAAAGCACUUUAAGAACCUUUUAGCACCUUACCCUCCCGUAAUG